CUGCGCCUAGUCGUCUCUGGCCGACAUCAGACGCGCAACGAAACCGGGCCCUUCAGGCCAGAACCCUUCUUAUAAAAUCCUUGCCUUUCCAUUCUCGUUCCUUUCCAGGUACCUCCCGCACCUCUCCUUUUGCAGAUCCUGUCAGGGGUUACCACUGUUGCGUCAACUACAACCACGAUGGCGGUUGCCACCACCAACUCUCUCAUUCCCAACAAAUCCUUUCUUCCUUCUCAUUCCCCUCUUCCCUCCAUUAAACUCAACCUGCCUUCCCUCCCCAAUAAGCCCAGGUUUUCGCCUUCUAUUGUAGCCGUUCACGCGGCCGAGCCCGCCAAGAAUCCCGUUGUCUCCGACAAGCCGCAGGCGACAUCCGGCACAUCUGUGUCUUCAUCUGCAACGACCACUGCACCCCCUAAUGUGGGUAGGGGAAAAUGGAGCCCGGACAGUUGGAAAUCUAAGAAGGCUCUUCAGCUGCCUGAAUACCCGAAUAAAGAGGAGCUGGAAUCGGUGCUUCGGACUAUCGAAGCGUUCCCUCCUAUCGUGUUUGCUGGAGAGGCCAGGAGCCUGGAGGAACGACUCGCUGAGGCUGCCAUGGGAAAUGCUUUUCUUCUGCAGGGUGGAGAUUGUGCCGAGAGCUUCAAGGAAUUCAAUGCCAAUAAUAUUCGUGACACCUUCAGAAUUCUUCUUCAGAUGAGCGUUGUCACGAUGUUCGGAGGCCAAAUGCCCGUCAUUAAGGUGGGAAGGAUGGCGGGACAGUUUGCAAAACCCAGAUCGGAUCCGUUCGAGGAGAAAAACGGCGUGAAGCUUCCGAGUUACCGAGGGGAUAACGUAAACGGAGAUUCUUUUGAUGAAAAGUCGAGAAUCCCGGAUCCACAAAGGAUGAUAAGAGCGUACUGUCAAUCGGCAGCCACCCUGAACCUUCUUAGAGCUUUUGCAACCGGAGGGUAUGCUGCGAUGCAAAGGGUCACUCAGUGGAAUUUGGACUUCACAGAGCAUAGCGAGCAGGGAGACAGGUACCGAGAGCUUGCUCACCGAGUUGAUGAGGCUCUUGGAUUCAUGGCUGCAGCUGGGCUGACUGUGGACCAUCCUAUAAUGAAAACAACCGAAUUCUGGACUUCUCAUGAAUGCUUGUUAUUGCCAUAUGAACAAGCACUCACUAGGUUGGAUUCCACUUCCGGAUUCUACUACGACUGCUCCGCCCAUAUGCUUUGGGUUGGGGAACGGACCAGGCAGUUGGAUGGUGCCCAUGUUGAGUUUCUAAGAGGAGUUGCUAAUCCUCUGGGGAUUAAGGUAAGUGAUAAGAUGGAUCCAAAUGAGCUUGUUAAACUCAUUGAGAUUUUGAAUCCCCAAAAUAAAGCAGGAAGAAUAACUGUGAUCACGAGGAUGGGAGCUGAAAAUAUGAGAGUGAAGCUUCCACACCUAAUCAGGGCAGUUCGCAGAGCUGGGCAAAUUGUCACAUGGAUCACCGAUCCAAUGCAUGGGAACACCAUUAAGGCUCCUUGUGGUCUAAAAACCCGCCCCUUUGAUGCCAUCAGGGCGGAGGUGAGAGCAUUCUUUGAUGUGCACGAACAAGAAGGAAGCCACGCAGGAGGAGUUCAUCUAGAGAUGACUGGUCAGAAUGUGACGGAGUGCAUUGGUGGGUCGAGGACGGUCACCUUUGACGACCUCAAUUCCCGUUAUCACACACACUGCGACCCUAGGCUGAAUGCUUCUCAGUCUCUUGAGCUUGCCUUCAUCAUCGCCGAACGGCUUAGAAAAAGCAGGAUGAGAUCGCAGAAGCCUAUUGGUUCCCAGUAGGGUUGUUUGCCUCUGUUCUUUUUCCUUCCGUCAUAUUUAAUUCAAUUCAAUGACGCUUGUAACAAGUAUUGUUGAGGGACAGGGACAUGUAACCUCCUGGCUAAUUAGCUUCGGUUGUGUUUUGUAUUUAUGUGUAUACUGCGAGUAAUGCGCGAGCCGCCCUAUGAAGACAGCACUCCUCUGUUCUGUCUAUUAUCCGUGGGUUGCUUGAGACAUUUUACUGGUUUUGGAUACUCGAGUUGGGAAGAAUUCCCAGUUGCAAGAACAACAGGUUCUGAAAUGUGAUAUGCACCAUCAACUCAGAA